AUGUUCCGCAGGAUUGGCAGGAACGGAAUGCAACGGAAUCCGGUCAAUUGUUUGUUUAUUUUACUUUUGUUACCAAACAAAGGCAACGUUACCAAACAAGGGCAACACCCUUUCCCUUCCACCCACCACCAACCAUCCUCUUCCCCGCCACCUCCAUUCCCUCCCACCAACCACGUUGCCAACGGCGACAACCACGACGACGCCGCACCACCCAACAACGGCCACGACAACGCGAACACGCUAGGUGGACGACGAGGCGACGUGGCAACAAGGCGAGGAGCCGACGUGGCAACGGGACGACGACGAACGACGACGACAAAUGUCGUCGUUCGUCCCAAUUGGGAUAGCCGCCCAGCGCCCACCAUGGCACACAACAGCACCACCCCGCCCACGAAAACACCCCAGCGCCCACGGAACAACGCCCAGCGCCCACAAUGGCGCCUUGUCGGCCAUCGACAACCACGCGACGACGGACAACGACAACGACGUGGCACCACCACCAUCCACGAACGCCCACCACGACGACACGGCAACGCCACGUCACCAACGAAACACGGCACCAACGACGACGACCACACCGCGCCCACCACCACCACCACGAUCGACAAACAACGACGACGACACGUCCACGUCCAAACCACGGCCACACGUCGCGGGACACGCGACGACGACAACGCAACGACGACACGCAACGACAACGCGACGACGCCACGCGACGACGACAACGCAACGACACAGGACCACGACACCCCCUUUAUCAGUCCCCACCACCCUCCCACCAGUCCCUCCCCCUCCACUCCCCAUCAUUCCCUCCCCCCUCCAUCACUCCCUCCCUCCUCCAUCACUCCUCCUCUCCAUAACCCCACCACUCUUUCUCCCUCUCUCCACCACUCUUUCCCCCCUCUCUACACCACUCCCUCCCCACCACUCCCUCUCCCCUCUACCACUCCCUCUCCCUCUCCCUCCCCACUACUCCCCCCUCUCCAAAUAUUUAUUUUAAAAUAG